AUGCAAAAGGAGGCUGAUAAAGCGCGAAAGAGGAAAGACGACAGUCGCGAGGAGGAGGAGACUGGUGUUUUUUACUGUGCUGACGGUAGUGUGUAUGAAGGGAGGGUGAGCCGUCGUGAGCUUCCUGUUGAAUUUUCUCUGGCGAUGCCGAUGCCGGCGCUUUCGGCCAGUAUGCGUGGCCAGCUGCCACCGGAGCUGAUGCCCCAAAUCACUGCAGUUCAACAUGGUAAGGGAGUGUUUAGGGACACGGGUGGCAUGACCUACGACGGCAGCUGGUCUGAAGGAGCCAUGUGCGGGGAGGGUGCGCUGCAGUUUCCUAGUGGGGCCACGUACACCGGUGGCAUGCGCGGCAAUAAAUUUAGUGGGACCGGCACGUAUCAUUGGCCUGAUGGUUCCCGCUACGAAGGACAGUGGGAAAACAAUAAAAUGCAUGGGUUUGGCGCUUACGUUGAUGCACAGGGAGGACGUUGGGUGGGUAAAUUCUACCAAGGACAUGGUGUUGGUUUAUUAGCGGAAAUCCACCUUUGA